AUGGAGGGUCGAGACAAUAAUGCAUUCAUCGGUGACAGCAGCCCGUCAAUUCCGGGGCACUUUCGCUGGAGCACUCCGGCAGCCAAUGGACCAGAUAGUCCACCGCCUUACGCGACCGUGCUCACCGAUGUGGAGCUGACGGGAGCUAAACCGUCCACCGAACGGGCUGCGGUUGCCGGUAGUCCGGUCGCAACGGCUACACCGACGCAGGAUCGCGAUCAGUGGGGCAAAGGGAUCGAGUUCUUGAUGUCGUGCAUCGCCAUGUCCGUCGGACUGGGCAACGUGUGGCGCUUCCCGUUCGUGGCCCUCGAGAACGGUGGCGGCGCGUUCGUCAUCCCGUACAUCAUCGUCCUGCUACUCGUCGGAAAACCGGUCUACUUCAUGGAGAUGCUGAUUGGACAGUUCUCGAGCCGGGGCAGCGUCAAGGUGUACGACAUGGCACCGAUCAUGCGAGGCGUCGGCUACGGGCAGCUGUUCUCGAUCACCAUGCUCAUAACGUACUACUCCUCGCUGAUGGCACUAAUUGCACGGUACAUGAUCGACUCGUUCUGGAACCCACUACCUUGGGCCCACUGCCGACCGGAAUGGCUUCCGAACUGUGUCGAUUCUGCGCCGCGGGCGGCACAGGAGCCGAGUGGCCCGCCAUUCGUAGUAACUAACAAUGCCACCAGCACCACUAGCUCAGAGUUGUACUUUACCAAGGUGGUGCUAAAGGAGCUGGACGGUAUCGACGACGGGAUCGGGCUUCCUGACUUGCGGCUCACACUGUUCCUGGUGCUUUCCUGGUCCUUGGUGCUGUUGACGCUGAUCAAAGGUGUAAAAAGUUCCGGCAAAGCAUCGUACUUCCUCGCCCUCUUCCCGUACGUCGUUAUGGGAGUGUUGCUGGUCCGGGCGUGUACGCUGCCAGGUGCCGUCGACGGUAUCGUGUACUUCCUGAAGCCUCAGUGGGACAAAAUUUACGAGCCGAAGGUUUGGUACGCCGCAGUCACGCAGUGCUUCUUCUCGCUUUCGAUCUGCUUCGGGAACAUCAUUAUGUACUCGUCGUACAACAAGUUCCGACACAACGUGUACCGUGACGCGACGAUUGUGACGUCGAUCGAUACACUCACUUCACUUCUGGCCGGGUGCACUAUCUUCGGCAUCUUGGGCCACUUGGCACACGUGACCGGAACGACGGAUGUCGGGAACGUGGUGAAGUCGGAUGCGGGCCUCGCCUUCAUCUCGUAUCCGGAAGCGAUUGCCAAGUUCGAGGUACUGCCGCAAGCCUUCUCCGUUCUGUUCUUCCUGAUGCUGUUCGUGUUGGGCAUCGGUAGCAACGUGGCCAUGACUUCGUGCGUCAUGACCGUGAUCAAGGAUCAGUUCCCGAAGGUGCGCAACUGGCAGGCAGCGACCGUAAUUGCGGUCUGUGGUGUACUGUUGGGGAGUAUUUACGUCACACCGGGUGGUCAGUACGUCCUCAAACUGGUCGACUACUACGGUGCUUCGUCGAUCGCGCUGGUCCUUGCGAUUGCCGAGCUGAUCGCGAUCGGAUGGGUGUACGGCGUGGAUCGUCUGUGUAAGGAUGCCGAGUUCAUGCUCGGCCACCGACCGAACAUCUACUGGCGGCUGUGCUGGCGCUGGAUCACCCCCGGGCUAAUGUUUGUCAUCUUGAUCUACAACCUCGUCACGCUAGAACCGCUCAUGUACAAGCAGUACGUUUACCCAACGAUCGCUUACGACAUUGGUUGGUGUAUUUUUGCAUUCGGUCUUCUUCAACUUCCCAUCUGGGGGGCGUACGCCGUCUACAAGCAGAGCGGCCAAACGCUUACCGAGAAAAUAAGAAACUCCCUUAAACCGACGGCCGCUUGGGGUCCGCUGGAUGUGGCCACGCAUUACGAGUACAAAAAGUUCAUCAACGAAGACUGAACGGAAGCGAUCCACAGAAGAUCACACAGCAGUAUUCCGAUUAAGCGAUCGGCGGACGGGCCAAGAGACGAGUGUUGUUAUGUGAUAAUUAAGAUGUAAAAUAUCAGUUUUAAUUUAUUAAAUUGUGCAAGUUGGAAUAAAAACCGGCGAUCGAACCGGAACAAGGAAACGAAAGCCACACAAUCAACGAGCUGCCUCUUCCUCGGGCGAAGGCACUGGGCUGUGAUGCUUCAAGCAGUUGCGGCUUCCGGGUCCGGAGCGCGUUAGCAUCCUCGCAAUGGAUCUCCUUCGAUGAGGGCCGCUGCUGCGUCGCACGCCACGAAAAUCAGUUCACCCUUCACGGGAUCCACCAGCGUUGCGG